ACAAAAACUCAGACAGCAAUACAAUCAAAACAACUUCGAUGCUUCCUUUUCCUCCUCAAAUAAUUGUUUUCCACUUCAAAAUCCAAAACACCCCGCCACCACCACCACCAUGCCCCUCGAUCCCGCCACCGCCACAACCACCGCAUCAAGGCCCAUAUCACCACUCCCUCAACCCCACCCACACCACCAUUACCCUUCACCUCAACAACAACAAACCCUUCCAAGUCGCGCCCCAAAUCCUCCAUUAGCCAAACCCCACGAUCCUUCCCAACCCUUCGCUUACCCUUUCGCCGCCUUCGCCCCCAAAGGCCUCAGAGAUCAUGGCGUUGCCGCCGGCUACCCCCCGCCGUCACUGAUGUUUCCCCACGCCGGCGUUCGAGGCAUGAACUUGGACUACCUCAGCCACGCCUUGCACGUGACUCGGCCACUCCCUCACGUGCCGUUCCCUCACUUGGGUAACAACGCUACUAUUACCCCUGCAGCAUCCCCUCCCGUUAAAAAGGCUACUCCUCGAUCUGCAGUUUCCGAUAUCAACGGCUAUAAAGACACGAGUGUGAGGGAAAGAAGCAGAGAGGACACAUAUGUUGUCGUUAGAGACCGCAAAGUCAGAAUAACAGAGGAUGCUUCUCUGUAUGCACUUUGUAGAUCAUGGUUGAGAAAUGGUAUACAUGAAGAAAGCCAGCCACAGCAGAAAGAUGUAAUGAAGGCACUUCCCAAACCAUUGCCUGCAUCUAUGGUGGGUAGUUAUAUUUCAAACAAAAAAGAAGAUGAAAACGGCAAAGAGGAGCAGGAAGAGAAUGAGAAGUCUGUUGAGCACUUAUCACCACAAGAUCUAUUGAAGAGACAUAUUAAACGUGCCAAAAAGGUUAGAGCACGUUUACGGGAAGAACGGUUACAACGCAUCAUGAGGUACAGGAGUAGGCUUAGGCUUUUGCUUCCUCCACCCGUUGAACAGUUUAGAAAUGACACAGCUGCUGGGAAUUAACCUUUUGCUGAUUCUACAGACAUGAAGGUUAUUGGUUGACUGACUCUAACAGGCUUCUAGUUAAAUUCAAUAUUAUGUUUGUGGUUCACUGAAAAGAUAUCUUCAUAGUAGAAAGUUUCAAAAUCUAACUAAAAUGGGUAUAUAUUUUUCAGCUUUUCUCCUUGAUUUCAAUUAUGGCUGGUCUUUGACCAGGAAAUUGGCAAUAGCUAGGGUUUGAAUGAGUAGCCAUGAAUCAGAAAUCAGUCUGCCUAGACCAUUGUUUAUCUUGACCGCUGCUGAUAGAAUGACCAACUCAUUUUACGUAUGACAAGUCCGUAUCCCCU